UUGCAGCCUUCUAUCUCAGCAAUGGCAGAUGAGGUGAUCCUAUUGAAUUUUUGGCCAAGUCCUUAUGGCAUGAGGGUCCUAGUUGCAUUAGAGGAAAAGGGCAUCAAGUAUGAGAACAGAGAAGAGGAUUUCAGCAACAAGAGCCUUUUACUUCUACAAAUGAACCCAAUUCACAAGAAAAUACCAGUUUUAAUCCACAAUGGCAAAUCCAUUUGUGAGUCACUAAAUAUUGUUGAAUAUAUUGAUGAGGUUUGGAAUGAUCAUUCUCCAUUGUUUCCUUCUGAUCCUUACCAAAGAUCCCAGGCUAAAUUUUGGGCUAACUACAUUGACACUAAGAUAUAUGAGAUUGGUAUGAGGUAUGCAAAAUCUAAAGGAGAAGAAAAAGAAGCUGCAAAGAAAGAAUUGCUUGAGGGUCUUCAAGUGUUGGAAGAACAACUAGGAAACAAACCUUAUUUUGGUGGAGACAACUUUGGCUUUGUCGAUGUGGCACUUGUUCCAUUGCUUAACAUGUUAUAUACCUUCACUUUUGCUGGCAAAUUCAUCCAUGAUGAAAAGUAUCCCAAUAUCACUUCUUGGGCUAAAAGGUGUGCUCAAAAAGAGAGUGUAUCCAAGUCUAUUCCUCAAGAGGAUAAGGUGAAACGUUUUGUAGAUGAGAAAAGACUUGUACUUAACAAGGAUUAGAGGUUUUCUGAACAAGAUUUUAAAUUGUAGUUGCAGUUGUACUAAAUUAAAUUAUUAUCUUUUAUAGCGUGAAAAAUUAUAUGCUACAACUGCAAUAGCAUUUAUAGAAUCAUGUUUCUAAAUAAUAGCUUAACAAGAUGGCAAUUAGAUGUGCCAUUGAUUCUACUACUUAUGUUCUUUGCAAUGGAAAUUUUAUAUUUGAGUUAAAUAUGUUUUUUCGUCUU